UCUCUUUGAGAUAGGGACUUUGACUAUGGAGUCAUAAGACUUUUCGUUAAAGCAGUGUUUCAAAGGAAACUGCCCUUUGCAAAUUGUUGAUUCAGAAUUUCUUACACUUCUGUUCUCCAAUAAUGUGUCUGUUAGUGUUCAACGUUGUUUCAAAGAAACUGCACCAGCUUCUUCAAGUCUACUGCUUCCUACUUGUAUAAUUUUUCCCAACCACCCUUAACAAACCACCACUUCGUGAUUUCACUAUGAAAGUAACAUAAUGUAUUCUUUUUCCACAACCAACCUCUAAGGUCGCAUUUAUUAUUACUCAAUCAAUUCUAUUUAUUUGUGGAAUGAAAAUCACAUGAAGAAGUAACAUUUUCCAUCCAGAUACUGUGAUGCAUCAUGGUCAUUUCUGUGUUCACAUUUCACUUCAAUUCAGUUUUUUCAUAGGGUGCCAAUAACAUCGUUGCAAAAGCCUAAGCAAUUUACAAUCCAGGUUGUUUAUUCCUUUGGUUUAUCAAUCACUGUAUAUUUAUGUAGCUGAAGAGCAUAGUUCUUGAGAUGUUACAAACAUGAAGAAUCUAAUGUCUUUAAUGAGAAUCAUUUUUCUGUGUUAUCAUAUGCUUCUAUGUCUUUGUGAAAUUUCCUUGGCACUUGACUCCAUUUCUCAAGACCUGUCUCUAAGUGAUGAUGUUGAUAACACCACCUUGGUUUCCAAAGAUGGAACCUUCGAACUUGGAUUCUUCACCCCAGGAAAUUCCCAGAAACGUUACCUGGGGAUUUGGUACAGGAAAAUCCCUAUUCAAACUGUGGUUUGGGUUGCAAACAGGCUCGAUCCGAUCAAUGACUCAUCUGGCAUCUUGAGGAUGAACACCAGCAGUGGGAACCUUGUCCUCACACAGGAUGACAAAGUUGUUUGGACUACAACCUCUUCCAAAAGAGCAGAAAGCCCAGUAGCCCUUCUCUUAGAUUCUGGUAAUCUUGUGAUAAGAGAUGAGAAAGAUUCAAACAUUGAGGCCUACUUGUGGCAGAGCUUUGACUACCCCACUGAUACCUUCUUACCAGAAAUGAAGUUUGGUUGGGACUUGAGAACUGGUAUCAAUAGGAAGAUAACAGCUUGGAAGAGUCCUGAUGAUCCAUCUCCCAGUGACUUCUCUUUUGGUAUGGUGCUCAACAACUAUCCUGAAGCAUACAUGAUGAAGGGUAACCAAAAGUUCUACCGAAGUGGGCCAUGGAAUGGUUUGCAUUCAAGUGGUUCACCACAUGUUAGGGCCAACCCCAUUUAUGACUUCAGGUUUGUUUUCAACGAAGCUGAAGUUUACUACACAUAUAGCCUUAAGAACUCCUCUGUGAUCUCGAGGUUGGUGCUGAAUGCAACAAGCUACGUUCGUAGACGGUAUGUCUGGAUUGAAUCAAAGCAAAUAUGGGAGGUCUACACUUCAGUGCCACUGGACUUAUGUGACAGUUAUUCCCUUUGUGGAGCUAAUGCAAAUUGUGUUAUAUCAGAUUCACCUGUGUGCCAAUGUUUGGAAGGGUUCAAGCCUAAGUACCCUCAAGCAUGGAACUCAAUGGAUUGGUCUCAUGGAUGUGUCCGCAAUAAGGAAUUAAGCUGUGAGAACAAACACAAGGAUGAAUUUAUCAAACUGCCUGAGAUGAAAACGCCUGACACUACACAUAGUUGGCUAGAUCAGACAAUUGGGCUAGAGGAAUGCAAAGCCAAGUGCUUGGAUAACUGUUCUUGUAUGGCUUAUGCAAAUUCAGAUAUCAGUGGACAAGGAAGUGGUUGUGCCAUGUGGUUUGGUGAUCUCAUUGAUAUGAGACAGUUUUCAGAUGGAGGCCAGGAAGUAUAUGUUCGAGUGGAUGCUUCAGAAUUAGAACACACCAGCAAGAGCCACAAGAAGGGAAGAGUCUUGGCUGCAGUGACAGUUUCUUUUGCCGUGGCAACAGUUUCUGGUAUUCUAGUAAUACUUGGCUUGUGUUAUAGAAAGAAAUCACGCGCCAAUGUGAAAGAGAGAUCAGACUUCAGUAUCAAAUCAUAUCAAAACAGUGCAAUGGAAGUGGGUGAUAUGGACCUACCAGUUUUUGACUUGUCAACUAUAGCCAAAGCCACUAACAACUUUACACUCAAGAACAAAAUUGGAGAAGGUGGUUUUGGAUCUGUAUACAGGGGAACACUAGCAGAUGGACAGGAAAUUGCUGUGAAGAGGCUUUCAGAAAGUUCAGGACAAGGAUUGACUGAAUUCAAGAACGAAGUAAAAUUGAUUGCAAAACUCCAACACCGGAAUCUUGUAAAGCUUCUUGGAUGUUGCCUUGAAGGAGAGGAAAAAAUGUUGGUUUAUGAGUACAUGAUAAAUGGCAGCCUGAACUCAUUUAUUUUUGAUCAGGAAAAGAGUGAGUUACUAGACUGGUCAAAGCGCUUCAACAUUAUAUGUGGAAUUACUAAGGGCCUUCUCUACCUUCAUCAGGAUUCCAGGCUAAGGAUUAUUCAUAGAGAUCUCAAAGCAAGUAAUGUAUUACUUGAUAAUGAGUUGAACCCCAAAAUUUCAGAUUUUGGCAUGGCUAGAAUAUUUGGUGGAGAUCAGAAAGAAGGAAACACUGGGAGAAUAGUUGGUACUUAUGGCUACAUGGCACCAGAAUAUGCAACUGAUGGGCUAUUUUCAGUGAAAUCUGAUGUUUUCAGCUUUGGAGUUUUAUUGAUGGAGAUUAUAUCUGGGAAGAGAAGCAGAGGGUAUUACAAUCAGAACCACACGCAAAAUCUCAUAGGCCAUGCAUGGGAACUCUGGAAAAAAGGAAGACCACUAGAACUGUUUGAUAAAAGCAUAGAAAAAUCCAUUUUUCAAUCACAGAUAUUGCGUUGCAUUCAUGUUAGUCUCUUGUGUGUUCAACAGAAUCCAGAUGAUAGGCCUGGAAUGUCUAGUGUGCUCUUAAUGUUAGUGAGUGAGGUUGAAUUGCCUGAGCCAAAGCAACCAGGAUUCUUUGGUAAAUAUUCAGGUGAAGGAGACUCUUCUACAAGCAAGCAGCAACAAAGUUCAACAAACGAAAUAACCAUUACCUUAUUAGAAGCCCGUUGAUAAUAUUUGUUAGUCACAUUCAUCAUCUAACUUGUAUAGAUACAUAACAUUUUGUAUCAUUAGAAAUUAAGUCUAGGUCAUGGACUAUAUUCACUC